AUGUUGCCUACGGGUUUGCUCCCGACGUUGCUGCUGGUGCUGGGGGCCAGCGUAGUAGCCUCAGCCGUUCCUGAGCAGCAGCAGCAGCGAGAGCAGCGGCUCUUUGCGGCCGCCCCCUCGCCACACUCGUGCGGGGAGGUUCCGGUGGACGGUCUGGAGCUCUCGCCGGCCGAGCAAGAGCUGCUGCAGUAUAUUUGCUGGCCGCAGGAGGGCGCUGCGCUCGCUGAGGCCCUCCUGGAGGGUGCAGCGGCGCCGCGUGGCGUACCCGCCGGCGUGAACUGCACCGUCGUGCAAUGGUGCGAUGCCGAUGUGUGUACCGACGUGUGCGCGCGGGGCAGCGUGGUGGUGGAGCCCUGGCUAGCACACGCCAUCAAGCAGCAGACCAAGCUGGUGCAGACGUUGCCGCUGUGCUACCAAUUCCUGCUGGGCACACACAACUCUGCCAUCUCACUAGCAGACGGCUACGGCAACUUGGACGACUACUUCAGAGGUUUUUUCAAGUACAUCAAGUGGGCGCUGCCUGGGUUUGCCGAUGCACCGCUGCAUACCAACAACCAGCUGCUCAGCCUCACCGACCAGCUGCGCCUGGGUGUGCGCGCUCUGGAGCUGGACACGCACUGGGUGGGCGGUGUGAUGCGCAUUGCACACUGCGGCGGGCUGCACGUCCCCCAGCUGAACAAACUUAUCGAGGCUCUAAAUUUUGUGGCGCGUCUGCUUCAUCGCUCCAUCCGCUGGGACACUGAGACGCUGGGCUGCAUGCCCUCCCUCUCAUCCAUCCCUUCCAUGGAGCAGCGCUUACUCACCGACGCGAUGCAGGAGGUGAAAGAUUGGAUGGAGGAGUCGAGCAAUGCUGACGAGUUCCUCGUCCUCUAUUUUGAUGACCAGCCCAACCUGAAGACCUGGGGCGUGGUGGGCAACCUGCUGGAUGACAUCCUCUCCGUUUUCCCCCGCGACUGGAUCUUCUCUACUGAAGACAAGAUGCUGGAGGCGGGCAAGCGGCUGAUGCUUGUCAGUGGCACAGACUAUGGGGACACGAUGGAGCCGCUAAUCUUUGGACGUGGCAAGGCGCUAUGUGGGUGGAACGAGCCGCCGCUCGCCAGCGUGGACGGCACGCCUGAGUGCCUUAUUAAUCAGCAGGGCAUGAUUGAGCCGCAGCCGCUGUUUGACGGCAUGCUGACACGCGUGAUCAGCUGUGAGCUACAGUAUGGCCCGAUGAACUGCGACUUUGCGUAUCGCGGCACCAACGACCCCGUGUUUGAUGAGGCCACGCUGCCGCCGGUGACAGGCUGCGGCCUCAACAUGCCCUCGCCUGACCUGUUGACGCCCGACCGCGCUGCCGCCACGAUCUGGACCUGGGCCCCUGGCCACCCAUUUGACCCAACCUCGGAGCUGGGGCUAGGCGACAGCCAAAGCACCAGCGCUGGCCGCAACGCCAGCCUGAACGCAACAGACGGUGGUUGGGUGCUGGAUGCCAGCCUGCCCCGCGGCAGCUGCCCCACGGGCGCAGAGUUCGACCUGCCUCGCCACCCCCGAGAGAACUACCUUUUAGCAGCGGCUCUGCAGCGUGCUGGUCACGAAGCCGCCUGGCUGCCUGUGCAUGGGCCUGAGUGGGACACGGCUGGCCUGCCUGCCAAGCAGCAGCAGCCGCAGCCCACCAACAAGCGGCGCAUUCUGAUGCACGUGGGGUUACCAACCGCCUGUGGGCUCAGUUUCAUCGUGCUGGCCAGCAUGGUGGCGGGGCGCCGCAUGCCACAGCGCAGGCCCUGCACUGAGUACCAAGCGCUGGGCCAACCGUGA